UGAUUGACGUGGACACGGGGCUAUCAGAGCGCGAUGCCUGAUCGACAACUCGGCGGACCAAUAGAAAUCUCCAGCUGAUGGGGGGGUGGGGGGCGGAUGUUAGAAAAGACCAAUGGGCAGCGAGUGGGCGGGGAGUGAGUGACGGUUGGAGAAGGAGACGAUCAAACAUGGCGGAGGCGCCGAGCGGUGCUGAUACACAAUCCGAAGUGAAAUGCUUGAAGCCGGCGUUCAGGAUGGAAGCCAGUGAGAGGGAGCCAGCGAGGGAGAACAGCAAGGAGAGCAAAAAGGAGAGCUCCCACAUCCCGUCAGGAUCAACUGAGGCUGUAGGUGACCACACAAGAGAUGUGACUGAAGCCACUGGUACAGCAAACAAAGAGAGCAGUCUCAACAGAGGAGGAGUCUCAGUUGAUGACAAUGAAGAUCUCAAAACAUCUAAGAAAGCUCCCAAAGUGUAUGAUUCAGACUCUCGCCCUCAUUGUAACAUAGUGUUUACUCGUGCUGAGUUCCUUGAGAAACAGAGCAGAAGCCAUCUCGAGAUCCGUCGAGACACGUCAGGCACACCAUCAGCUAGUAGCAUCAAAGUUUCUUCGAAGCAGAGAGAUUGUCAGACAUCUAUCACCUACACUGUUGAAGAAAACUGCUUUGUGCAAACGGGAUCUCCGCAAAAUCACCAGCGGUCGAUCUCUGGAGACAGACUGUUUAAAUGUGCUGAAUGUGGAAAGAGUUUCACUCGUUCAGGGCACCUCAUGGUUCACCAGCGAUCACACACAGGGGAGAAACCGUAUAAAUGUGCCGAAUGUGGACAGUGUUUCACACAGGCAGGGCAUCUCCAGAGACACCAGCGAUCACACACAGGAGAGGGACUGUGUAUAUGUGCGGAAUGUGGAAAGAGUUUUACUACGUCAACGAACUUCCACAUUCACCAGCGAUCACACACAGGAGAGAAACCGUACGAAUGCGGUGAAUGUGGAAAGAGCUUCACAACAACAGCGGUCCUUCAGAGACACCAGCGAUCACACACAGGACAGAAACCGUAUCAAUGUACUGAAUGUGGAAAGAGUUUUGUGCGGUCAGGAGACCUUCAGCGACACCAGCGAUCACACACGGGCGAGAGACCAUAUAAAUGCGUUCAAUGUGGAAAGUGUUUCACACAGUCAGGGAGCCUCCAGAUACACCAGCGAUCUCACACGGGAGAGAGACCGUAUAAAUGCGCUCAAUGCGGUAAGAGUUUUGCAGAGUCGGGGAACCUCAAGGUACACCAGCGAUCUCACACGGGAGAGAAACCGUACGAAUGCGGUGAAUGUGGAAAGAGCUUCACAACAACAGCGGUCCUUCAGAGACACCAGCGAUCACACAGAGGACAGAAACCGUAUCAAUGUACUGAAUGUGGAAAGAGUUUUGUGCGGUCAGGGGACCUUCAGCGACACCAGCGAUCACACACGGGAGAGAGACCAUAUAAAUACGCUCAAUGUGGUAAGGGUUUUGCAGAGUCAGGGAACCUCAAGGUACACCAGCGAUCACACACAGGAGAGACGUAUAAAUGUGCCGAAUGUGGAAAGAGUUUCAUAUCUUCAGAAAUGUUGCAGAUACACCGACGGGAGACGAUGUGAAUGUACUGAAUGUCGAAUGAGUUUGACUAGGAAACAACAACAAGAUUACAUGUGUAU